CAGAGCUAUUGCAAAAGAGGUCACACUAGGCUUGGGUGAUGCCUCCAAGUUAGAGAUGUUGUCAAAGUCCUGAAAGGAUACUUUGAGGAAAUAACGGACUUUAAGUGUAGGGCUUUGUUAACUUAAUGGGUAAAACAGACCAAAAACAAAAGAUGUGACAACACUGUGUCACUGUACACGCUGGCAUGAGAUGAAGAUGGCAGAGAAAUGGCCAGGGAUGGCCACCCUUCAGUUCACAACCAUCAUUGUUUGUGCUGUUUUACUGGGACAAGGAUCCCCUCAGACGACAGGAAGGAGUAAGGAGGACCAAAGAAAUGUUAUUCUGGCAGAGAUACUUUCCAAAUUUAGUAAAGGGGGUGGGAAUCCUCAAAAACCUCCUCCUGAAACAACUAAGGACCAGUCUGUGCACCCUUUGAUGAGGAAUAUCAUGGGGGGCCUAAAAACACUUGGUCUGCUUCCUAACAAGAACCUUCCUACCCUGAACAAGCCAAUCGAUCGGCACCGUCUCUCCAGCUUUCUUUACAACAUUUCUCUGUACCUCCAAGAGGUGGGUGCUGAGCUGGAGGAGGUUCCAGCAGAGCCUGAUGAUGAGCAGCUAUGGGAGAAGGUGCUGCAGUUCUUUCUCCAGUCUGAAGGGAGUGCAACUUCUAGUCAGUGGGGUGGACGAGUGCCACCACGACCCAGUGUGCGAGUGCAGGACUGGUUUUUGUCUCUGAGGGGCAGUCAGCACUGGGACUGGUUCCUGGGGCUGUUGCAGAGUCUCAUCACUCUCUCUGAGCGUCAAACCCACAAGCCCAUUUUGACUUUGUUGUCUCAGAACUGGAGAACAGUCAGUGCUGUGCUGGAAGCCGCCCUCCAGGCUCUGAUCAGUGGGACUUAUGGCCAGGCCAGUGCUGGGCUGCAGGGCUUCAUCUGUGUUUUGAAGGGUCGUAGUGACUGCACCUACAGUGUAAACUGGCUCCAACAGCUGCUGCAUUUCCUCGAAACACGCAACUGGAAGCCUGUGGUCAGUUUACAGCCAGCAGGUGAAGCUUCUGAUCAAAAUAAAGGCUCAGGUACAUUUGGGCGUUUAAAGCCCUUCAGUUUGCCUCCAGAGGCCAUGAAGCAGGAUGGGUUCAGUGGAAAUGCCUCCCUCAAAGACAUGAAAGCUGCAGAAGAUGAACCUGACUCAGUGCAGAGCUUACUGCUACAGGUCCUGUCACGCUCAGGAGGGGGAGAGAGAGGAAGCCACAAAAAUCUCGCUCUUGUGCAGAGUUUGGAUGGGUUGAGGAGUGGCCUCCUGCACAGGGUCGGUAGCUCAGUCUACAGUAACCUGAGGAGGAAAGUGUCACGAGUCACCAUGGCGAUGCUUGAUGAUGUCAGUAGCUUGGUGGAUGUGCCGCAGCCUAAUGCACAGGGCCAGUGCUCAGUUGGUGACCUGAGGCAACUGAUUCUAUGGGGGAUAAGACAUAAUGUGACGUGGAAUACCCAAGCUCUGGGCUUUAACUCCCAGGGUUUCCCAUCUACUCUUCCAUUUCUGUCCUGCCCUGCCUCUGAAGCAGAUGAACGAAGAUCCCAAAGAUCAUCUGUCCAUUCAACUUCAAAAAAAGCCCCAUCCUCACACAAGAAACAAAGACGCCUACAAAACAAGAUGUUUUUCCCAUUUCAUGACUUCUAUCUAAAUGACACACACACCAUUGACCUGCAGCGAGAGAUGGAUUACUCCACAUCCAUAGAAAUCCUGGAGGCAGCCUGCAAUGACACCAUCCCAGGCUUGACGGGGGUCUCCAACUUCACUGUGUUCCUCUACUGUAAACUGUUUGAGGGGGAGAACGGGUCAGUUAACCCUGCUGUGGCUCACAUGGGGCUCGACCUACACGCCACAUGCUCUGACGCAGCCUGGUACCUGUCUGCUGCUGAGGAGGACUUCCUCUGGGUUCAUGUCUGCAGUGAGUUUUUUGCAAGUGAAUUCAACAACACAGUAUGUGCCAACUCGUCCUUUUGGCUGCAGAGGGUGCAUGAGGCUGCAAUGACAAAGGAUUAUCAUUUUUUCAACCAGUCCAGUAUAGACGACUUAUGCCUGCACUUGUCAGGUGAGACCACAGGUAUUCCAGGACACGAUGAAAACUGCCUGGCUCAGUUGAGCACAAGGUCACUCAGUGCCGAGGCGUUCAGACACUGCUUCCUGCCCAACAGCUCUGUGCUGAUCUCGGCUUUAUGUGGCCGAGAAUCCCCUGAUCUGCACCAUCCUCUGCCAGAGGGCAGCUGGGCCGCGGCAUACUGCUCCAAAAUCCAAAAUGUCUCCAAUGUUGACACCAUAGAGGAGACAUGUCAGUACAGACAGUGGGCUGUGCAUCAUUUCCUCAACUACACCCUGCUGGAGCUUUGCAUGCAAACAGAUGGAUUGAGAGAGUACAUUUGUCAAACAACCUCCCUCUAUGAGCAGCUGGUGAGGUCAGUGCCUCAGUUUUUUGAUUUCUGUGCUGAUUUGCAGGCAGAACUUGAGGGCAGGAAAUGUUUUCUGCAGAGGUUUUUCGAUAUGCUCCCGGCACCGUAUGAAUUUGACACUUCACAGCUCUGUGUGAACCCAGCCCCUCUACUGGCAGAAGUUCUACACAAGCUCAGUGUGUGUGAGAUUGAAGGAGGGGAACGUGAGGGGUUUUUAGUGGCCCUUGGAUAUGUGUUGCGAGUCUUGGACUUUAUGGUGGGCCUCUCUGCGGGUUUGGAAGAAGGGGAAAGAGAGGCAAGACAAGGUUUGGGUCAAGCCAUCCUCCUUUCUAGUCUCCUUGACAAUACCUCCUGGGGUACUCUACAGCCGGAAGCUACCAUGAGUGUCCUUCACACUGUGGGGGUCUUCCUGCGCAGGGAGCAGAACGCCACUCUCAAAGAAGACCUGCUGAGCUGCUUCAGUCCUGUCCUGUGGGACCUCAUCCAGCAGGACAGAAAUUCCUCUGCUCUCAGAGUUCUGCUGCAGGAGUACCUUCGGAUGCCCAGAGACAGCAUUCGCACUCUGGUGAUGUCUGCUGAAAAAGACGCUGUUAAAAGAUUUAUCUCCCAUAUGCAUCAAAGCUGGGAUCAAUUACAAGUUCAGACCAGCCAGGUGUCUCAAAAAGAGUUGCAGGCUAUGGAAACAAUGACAGCUGCUUUCAUCCAUAAGUUCCCUCGAGUGACCCCGGAGCUGUUUGUUGAUCUGUCUCAGUUUAUCCCCUUCAUGUCUGUCUCUGACAUCAUGAACUUCCCAGCCUCCCUGAUGGUCAACGACAGUGUUUUGAUGGCCAUCCGUGACCAUAGCCCAGAGAUGAAAUCACUGCAGAAAAAAGCCUUUGUAAAAAGAAUCUUGCAGUCAACCGUGGUGGGUGACGUCCCCACAUGGCCCCCAUAUUUCCUCUCCUCAAUCCUCCCUCUUCUGCCUUACCUCCCGGUCAAUCUUUUUCAGCAGCUUACACCUCAGCAGCUUAUUCCUUUGGCGGAGUUGCUAGGCAACGGCAGUCUGGAUGGUGUGAGGGGGCGCCAUGUGCUACGAACCCUUUUCACCAAAAAGAAGAAUCUGACUAGUGAUAACAUACUGAGGUUAGGAGUCCUUGCAUGUUACUUGGACCCAACUGAGCUCCAUUCUUUUCUUCAGGACCCAGCUGUGGCCUCUGCUCUUUGGCAGCAGCUGGCUCAGUGCAUGUCCAAAGGCUUCGUCAGUGCCAGUGGCAGGUUGUCCUCUUGGGUGGUACCAGCAGUUCAGGCCCUGAACGCCAGCAGCCUGGCUCCUCAGGCUCUGUCUUCCCUCAGUGGUCUGUUACCCGAGUUAGGAGCUUCCUUCUUGCUGUCACUGCCCUCACAAAAACUUAUAGAAAUCCUCACACAACCAGGACUACACAUGUAUUCUCCUGCACAGGCUUUUCAAAUGUUAUCUAAGAUUUCAGUGAACACCAAUCUCACAUUGGAAAAGCUGUGCAGACUGACGCCGUUAUACUCCGGUCUGUCCCCUGCUGUGCUGAGGGCCCUCCAGUGGGACAACUUCAGUGAAACCGUCCACUGCCAGUGUUGGAGAAGUUUGCUAACCGAACUUAAGCCGGGCCAAAGAGCCAUGCUAUACAAUGCAGCACAGGAGCAGGCUCAGCAGUUGCACAACAUCACUCAGCAGGUAAACUGUCUUCUACCAUUUGUGCCUCUAAGGAAGCUGACACAAGCUCUGAACAGGUCAACACUCCUGAAAGAAAUCAGCCUAUACAAAGAACUAGACUGGUCGCCACAACAGGCUCAGCUUUUGUUUAAGAAGGUCCAUGACUUUAAAAACAUCACCAUCAAGUCGGUGAGAGGCCUGGGUCAUAUCGCCAGUGGACUGAGCUGUGACUUGUUGAAACUAUGGACCAAUGAUACAGAUUUUUCAGAGCUGCUUCAGUUUAUCACUGAUCUGCCUGGAGACAUGAGACCUGCUCUGCGAAAAUGUAUCAUAGAUGAGCUGAGGAAACACCCUGAAUUUAACGUUAGUGCUCUGAACUCUCGGUUUGCAGCAACAUUACCAGUGACGAUGGUAGAGAACCUGUCUAAUGCAUCCUUCAGAGCUGUCCUGGAUCACAUUCAAGCACGCUUUUCGGAUUUCCUCAGACUGCCUCAUUACAAGCAAACAAAUUUAGCUGAGAAGGCUGUGACAGAGCUGGCUGACGGGGAGAUUGAUGGUUCCACUCUGGACUUCCUGGGCCCUUUACUGCCUUUCUUGGACCGGGACAGUUUGUCUCUGGUGGACAGAGGUGCUCUGGCUUUGCGACUGGAGGAGAUGAGAAACUUCUGCCUCCCAAAAGAAGCUCUGAGAGAUGUUGGUGUCCUGCUCACAAAGAAAGACCUGCUGGGGGAGCCAUCGAAGUGGCAAGUUAGGGAUGUUGAACAUUUGGGUCGACUGGUGUUUUCUCUGUCACCAAAGCAAAUCAAUGCCAUCCCACUGACAGUGUUGAAUAAAGACACAGUGGAGCAGGUCCUGGUGGGUCAAAAGCUCUGGGAGGACAGUACAGUAGGAGGAGUCUGUCUGAUCCGAUGUAUGGACCAGCAGCGCCAGAGACAGCGGACUCAGAGUCUCAUUAGAGGCAUUGUCAAAGCACGGAACAGAAGGGCAAAAGUGCCAACACCAAGCUGUGCUGAUAUCAGAGGCACGUUUCCCUCUGCAUGGACGUCUCUUCAGCUAAAUCGUAUGUCUCAGGAAGAUCUGAAACAAUGUGUUGAGGUGUUUGGUCAAGAUGCCUCGCUGACCCCUGAGCAGCGGCGCACACUGUGGGUGAAACUCAGACAGUCUUUCAGUCCAGUGAAAGAGCUGAGACCAGACCAAGUUCUGGCUCUGGGAUCAAUAGUGACUGAAAUGGGAGAGAGAGAACUGCAAGAAACAAAUCUCACCAACCCAGCUGUGUUGGCACAUCUGGGAACACUGACAGAAUGGAGCUACAAAAAGAUGAGAGCGGUGGUUGUCGGUGUCAUGCGGAAGCGAAAACAGAAAAUAGAUCAACUCACAGGUGUUGAUCUGGCAGUGUUCGGUCAUCUGAUCUGUGGCCUAUAUCCGUCAGAAAUAAAGAGGCUGAAUCCCUACAAUCUCAGUGUUGCUGUGUUCUUCCUGCGGGAGAUGUCCCUGCCAUGCACAGAACAGCAGAUGGAGGCACUGACAAGUUGUUUGUCCAGACCUGAGGCGUUCGGUCCAGUCAGUGCCUGGGGACCAGACGUUUUCACUGAAAUUGGGACAUUGGCAGCGGGCUUAGAAGACAUGGUGCUAUCAGCUCUGGUACAAGAGCAAGUGGAGGGAAUCACUCCUGAAGCUAUUGCUCUGAUGUCCCCCAAAAAGUUGUCGGUGGUGUUCAGUGCAGUUCAGUUGUCAUGGCUGAACACGGAGCAGGCGUGGGCUGUGACUAAGGAUCAGUGGGCUGAGCUGGAUCCCGAGCAGAGACACGCCGUCGGCCUCGCUCGAUAUGAAGGAGACGUCCUGCUAGAGAUGAGAGGAAGAAACCGGGCUCCUGUGGUUGUAAACCCAGACAGCCUCACUAUGAACUCACUGGCUCUGUGCCUUUUGUUGUGGCAACUAAUUUAAAAUGCUGGAACAAAUGUAAUUGUCCCUUGACCUCCCUUGGUAUCAUCAUAUUUGUACUUCAAAUAAAUAAUGUGAACUGCUCUG